GCCAAGCCUCGCUGCUCCCUCUGACUCUACACCAGGUCGUAGCGGUUACAUGACGCAUUACGGCUACGCCGUGUGGAUGCCAUCGUAAAGCGACGCCAGGUCCGUCACACAAGAGCCGUCUCUUGGACCCCGCGGGUCGAGAGAACAUGAAAAGGGGCACGCAACCUCCGCCGGUCGAGACGACAGCAUCAAGUCCGUUGCCACCCACAACAAGCACAAGCACUGCUGCGUCGUCGUCGUCGACAACAACAACAACAACAACAACAACAUCACCCACCCCAACCGUCACCACCGGCGCCGCUUCCUCCCCCAACCCAUCCACAACGACGGCGGCAACACCACCGCCAAUGUACGAACACGAGCAGAUCAUGACCUUUGACGAGCCCAUGAUGCUGGGCUCGUCGUCCACCCCGGGCUCGGGCUCGGUCCGCAAGAGGAAGUCGAUCCGGUCGGACGACUCGCUGUCCCUGCACGGGCCGAUGGAGGUGGACGGGUCGGUCAAGUCGAUGGCCUCGAUCUCCAUGGCCGGCGACUUCUCGGUCCGCGACCGCAUCGAGGCCUACGGCAACCUCGAGAUCGACGGCACGCUCAGCUGCGGCGGCAAGGUCAAGAGCAUGGGUAACGUCAGGGUCCGCGGGCAGGUCGUCUGCAUGUGAGUUUUUCCCUUCCUUCUUCCCUUAUUCUCCCCCACAUUCUUCUUCUUCUCACUUCUCUUUGAUUCCCCCCGCUCUCUUCUGGUGCUUGGAUGAAGAUCGACUGACGUGUUUUCUUUUCUUUUCUUUUUUUCUUUCUUUUUUU